CCCUCAAUUGUUCUCUGUUUCUGAGUUCUUCCUUUUCUAAAUACUCAGAUUCUGAAAACCCUAAGCUCUGUUUGUUUUGUGAGAUAAAGUUCUGAUCGAUCGAUCGAUCGUGAUAAAAAGUCAGAGAGGAGGAGUUAGAGGGGGUGGGGUCAUGGAGAGGAUAGUUGGGGAGAAGUACAAAUUAGGUCGUAAGAUCGGGAGUGGAUCUUUCGGAGAAAUCUAUCUUGCGACGCAUAUCGACACCUACGAGAUCGUCGCAGUGAAGAUCGAAAACAGCAAGACAAAACAUCCACAGCUGCUUUAUGAAGCCAAGCUCUAUAACAUUCUUCAGGCAGGAAGUGGCAUCGCUAGUAUAAAAUGGUGUGGAGUAGAUGGGGAGGACAAUAUCCUUGUAAUGGACUUGUUGGGACCAAGUCUUGAAGAUUUAUUUGUUUACUGUGGAAGAAAAUUCUCGCUGAAGACGGUCUUAAUGUUAGCUGAUCAGAUGAUUACAAGAAUCGAGUAUGUGCACUCUAAAGGAUUUUUACAUAGAGACAUCAAACCCGAUAACUUCCUAAUGGGUCUUGGUCGGAAAGCAAACCAGGUCUAUGUUAUUGAUUUUGGACUUGCUAAAAGAUACAGGGACUCCACAACUAAUCGACAUAUUCCAUACAGGGAGAAUAAAAACUUAACUGGGACUGCCCGUUAUGCCAGCUGCAAUACUCAUCUGGGCAUUGAGCAAAGCCGGCGAGAUGAUUUGGAGUCUCUUGGUUAUGUUUUGUUGUAUUUUUUGAGAGGAAGCCUUCCAUGGCAGGGUCUAAAAGCUGCCACAAAGAAGCAAAAAUAUGACAAAAUAUGUGAGAAGAAGUUAUCAACUCCUAUUGAAGUUCUAUGCAAGACUCAUCCUGUGGAGUUUGCAUCAUACUUCCAUUACUGCCAUUCUCUGACAUUUGAUCAACGGCCUGAUUAUGGAUUCUUGAAGCGCUUGUUUCGUGACUUGUUUACUCGUGAAGGAUGUGAGUUUGAUUAUAUAUUUGACUGGACCAUUCUGAAGUACCAGCAAGCACAAAAGACGAAGUCUCAGCCUCGACUAUCUCCUGUUUCUGGUGGGAACAGCAGUCGAGCAAUGCCAAUGGAUGUUGACAAGAAUCAAGGAGGAAACAAUGCAUCACAUUCAGCUGAGGUAACAGAGCGAGUAAUAUCAAGUAAUGUUGCACGUCCUGGGGUUCGCAUGCAGUUUAAAUCAUCAGCAGAAAAGAAUACUACUACUGCUGAAAAUAAUGCAGCAAGUAACUUUCCUGAGAAGGUGCAAAUGCCAUCUACUUCAUUUGCACUACCGAGUGCCUUCAAGAGAAAUGCUCCAAAACCGAUGGUGCCAGCUGAAGCUGGACAUCUUGGUCAUGGAUUUGGCAGCAAAAUUGGUCCUUCAAGCAGUUGGCUUCCUUCCUUGCAACGCAAUUCCUCUGCCAAAUGAUUGUGAUGGACGUGGAGAGGAAGAUUCAUUGAAGACAAGCUAACCUGAGGUACAUUAGCAGAAGCUGUGACUGCCAACAAAUUAUUCUUGCCGAAUUUCUAUUUGGAGACUAGCAUGCAUGCUGUAUCUCUCUUAAGGUGACUACAGAUACAUUGGAUGAUGCUAAAUUGGGCCUACUUGAAAGCUUGGUGGCUGUUGCGUACAUAGAUGGCUCUCACCAGGCUUGGGUUUUAUGGUUCUUUGUAACAUGGAUGAUACAUCAAGUGUUUUUAUUACCAUUCUUACUGUUAAUAGAUCAUACAAUUCCCAUUGUGCUAUAUGUGGUUGUUUUGACAGUGUAUUUCAUUUGAUUCAGGAUUAUGAGUUCCAUUUGUAUACUUGUUGCUUUA